AUGAAAUACCUGAAACAACAUCCAGGUUUGCUAGUUGUAAGAGCUGAUAAGGGAAAUGUGACGGUGCUAAUGGACAAGACCCAAUACAAAGAACUAGUGGACACAUUACUACAGGAUGAACAGUACUAUAAAAAACUACCUAGAGAUCCCACCACGUCGAUGCAGAAUAAAUGCAAUGCAGUGAUCAAAAGUUUGGUGAACAAGGGCUACAUAACACAGACCCAAGGAAAACGGCUGUACAACUACAACUCGGUCCCUGCGAGAUUUUACGGAUUACCAAAAAUCCACAAGCCCACUCUCACAAUCAGACCAAUUAUAUCGUGCAUCAAUACCCCUUCCUCCAAACUGUCAGUGUUCAUAUCUGACAUCCUAUCUAAAUACUUGUCAGCCUCCAGAAGCAUUUACUUCAUCGAAGAUUCUUUCUCAUUUGCUGACCUCAUCAAUGAUUUCCAGCUCCCUGACAACUACGUCAUAAUUAGUUUGGACGUUAUAUCACUGUUCAACAACAUAUCCUUAGACCUUGCGGUUUCAGCAAUAGAGAGUAAAUGGCAACUUAUAAACAACCAUACAAACAUACCAAAGGAAGAAUUCUUGAGCAUAAUCAAUUUCCUGUUCACAUCCAACUAUUUUGUGUUCGAUGGCAUCUUCUACUUACAAAUUCUUGGCUCACCCAUGGGCUCAAACUCCAGCUCCCCAAUUGCAGACAUAGUUAUGGACUUCAUUCUGGACAACGUACUUUCUGAUGUUCCUUUCCACAUCCCCUUCAUCAAGAAAUAUGUGGAUGACAUUAUCUGCGCCGUGCCUGAAGAACAGGUGAGCUACCUCCUUGAAAAGUUUAACAACCACCACCGGAGAGUGCAAUUCACCAUAGAAAAAGAAACUGAUAGAAGUGUUCCAUUUUUGGACACGAAGGUAAUCAGAUUACCUAACAACCGAUUAAUCUUAGAUUGGUACCGCAAACCAACGAGCUCAGGGAGGUACAUACACUACCUGUCCAACCACACACAUGGACAGAAAGUAAAUUUAGUAUUGGGAUUAAAAAACCGGAUUCGACGAAUCGCGCACCCCUCCUUGAGAACACAAAACCUUGAAAUAUUGUUCCAAUUGAUGCUGGAAAAUGGUUACCCCAGGGGUCUAUUAAACAGAUUGAUUCACAGCUCCACUCAUUCCGGACAGCCACGGAAUGAACACAGGGGCGCAUCCACCACAAUAGAUUUGAAUCUAACUUACGCAUCCUUACCAUUGAUCAAAGGCAUGACAAAUGCUCUGAUAAGCCUUUUGAAGACCCCCAACAUAAAGUUGAUCCCCAAACCAGAGUUCAAGAUUGACAGACUCCAUAGUAGGAUAAAAGAUAGCGAAAGCACAUUCCACAAAAGUGGAGUGAUAUAUUCUGUUCCAUGUUCGAUGUGUAAUGAAAUCUAUAUUGGACAGACGUCGCAACAGCUUAAGAAGAGGUUGGCUCAACAUAGAAGCGAUAUCAAGAACCCCAAUAAGAUAUGUGCCUUGGCAGACCACAGCAGAGAUAGAGACCACUUAAUGGACUAUGAGGCCACUAGGGUCCUAGAUUGCGAACGCAAUGGAGGAAAGCGUUCCUUUUUGGAAAUGUACCAAAUCAAGCGCCACCCCAAUGCCAUGAAUUACAGAAGAGAUGUAAACCACAUCAGCAGCAUCUAUUCCUACCUAAUCCACUUCGACCAGGUCAAUGAAGGUGACCCAUCAAGACCACGAAGUGUAUCCAGUGACGGAGUACUUUCUGACGGCAGCAGGUCAGGAAUUGGUUGA